AUGAUGGUCGAACACGCAGACGGCAGCCCCGACUCGCCGAAUGCGCCCAUUCAAAAGCGCAAGCGAAGCCGCGCUGGAUGCUACACCUGCCGCCGCCGCAAGAAGGCCUGCGACAACUCGCGUCCGGUAUGCGGAUCAUGCACACGGCUUGGCAUACCAUGCGUGUUUCCAAAGCUGUACAGGAACGCCAAAGGCGAACUUGUCCCCAGUCCCCAGCCCAACGGCCGGACUAAGCGCCUUUCGAGAGACUCUGAGUCGCCAGAGAUUGAGAGGGGCAACGCUUUGACAAGCGCAGUCAACCCGUGGGACAACGCACAGGCUGGAUGGACUGCCCACUCCCAGCCGUCAGUCGGGAGUACGACGUACCUUCCUGACGAGGGAGGCGACAGCGGCGACAAUGACGUCUCUGACACUGCACUCGACGCUUUCCUCCAGAGCUUGAACGACAACUCUGGCGGAGACGGCCAGGGAUGGAUGUUGCCUCUGUUUGCCGACGGCGCCCUUGAGCUCGACCUCAAUGGCGGUCAUCCGUCAGCUGUUGCCAUGCAGCCCCCACCGUUCGACCACAGUCCCAGUGCGAUGCAACCACCGCCGCCACCCAACCCAACGCAGCCCAACUUCAUCGCCUCUGUUCUCGACCACCUCCCGGCACUGUACGAGUACUGGGUAAACUCGUUCUCCCAUGUACUCUCGGUCCUCGGCCCGGGUCACAACCCGCAGGUCGACAACAUGUUCCCAGUGGUCCAGCGCUCACCAUUAGUGAUGUGCGCGCUUAUAGCAUGGGCCGCAACCCACCGGGCCAAUAUCGGCCACCCGUACGAGGAGGUCGCGAGACUCGCGACCGAGUUUACCGAGCUCCAGGCCGACCAGAUCGACAUAGAGCGCGAGCUCACGCCGAACGAGAGAGAAGAGUACAUGUGGACACUGCUCAUCCUGGGCGGUACCGAGAUUGUACAGGGCGACGUCAAGGGCUGGGUCCGCCGGUUACCGAUGACUCGAAGGCUGCUGUGCAAGGUCGUCGAGACGAUAGACUUUGGCACCACGAUAACGUGGCAGGCACUCGCGUACAACUGUGCAUAUCACGACAUCCUCGCGAGUCUCACGACUGCCAAAAUCCCCGACUUCCCCUACGAGUUGUACAACCGCAUCCUCACGGCGAACGACCUCGAGAUGGAUUCGUACAUGGGCGCCACGCGCCGCAUCUUCCAGUUCCUCAUCGAGAUCGCUGCGCUCGCGGGCAAGGUGUCGACGAUCUACGCGCAGCCCGAAUCCCCAGAACGCGACCGCGCCUUGGGCCGCAUAGUCGCCGAUGCCCUGUCGAUGAGGGCGCGCCUCGACGCGGCCGACCUCCCGAACGGGUUAUUCAAACACCCUCUCCCUGUAGGGACGGACCGCGCGCUCCUCAUCGUCUCAUUCUACACCUACAAACUCGCUGCCGAGCUGUACCUCCGCCAGAGUGUGCUGCGAUGUGGUCCAAGCGACCUCAAGAACCGCCGCCUCGGCGUGCGCAUCAUCAACAACAUCCACCAGAUCCUCGGCACACCCAACGAGAGCCAGAUGUGCUUCCCUCUUUUCCUUGCUGGGGUCGCGACAGCCGACGCGAAGGGCCGUGCCGAGGUCGAUAGGAUAUUUCACAAGUUCUCGUCACGCGUCCAAGUCCGCAAUGUCAUGGCCAUCCUCAACCUGCUGUACGAGGUGUGGAAGCGCGACCCCGAAGGUGACCGAUACGUUGACUGGCGCAAGCUCGCGGAGGAGCAGAUGGAGGUCGCGUACUCUUUUGCGUAG